UGCAUCCAGAUGGUAGCUGGUUCCUAUCUCAUUGGAUCAAUAAAUUCUUCAGUACACACAGGCUUUGCAUUUACAUUGUCAUACUGUAAAUCUAACCACAUCAAUCACUUUUUUUGUGAUGUCCCAAUUAUUAAACUUUCCUGCUCUAACAUUGACACCAAUAUCAGACUUCUUGUUAUCUUUGUUGGAUUUAACCUGAUAUUCACUGUGUCGGUUGUUAUCUUAUCCUACAUAUACAUCAUGGCCACCAUCCUAAAGAUGUCCUCUACUGCAGGGAAAAAGAAAACCUUCUCCACAUGUGCCUCCCACCUGACAGCAGUCACCAUUUUCUAUGGAACCCUUGUAUACAUGUACUUACAGCCUCAUUCAGACAAUUCUGAGGAGAAUAUGAAAGUAGCCUCUGUGUUUUAUGGCAUUGUAAUUCCCAUGCUGAACCCUCUGAUCUAUAGCUUGAGAAACAAGGAGGUCAAAGAUGCUAUAAAAUUGACAAGGAAAAAGUUAUUUAGAUUUGACUCACAGCAAUAA